AUGCCACAUACAGCGAAAUUGGGCCACCACUAUAACGGCUCUCCCACUGGGCCGGGUUCUCAGCAACCCACACCCCCGGCCACCUCACAGAUGUUCUGGCAACCGGCCUUCGACAUGAGUGCGAAUACCAGCCAAUGCGGUUCGCCAAUCACGGCCGGCCAUCCCCAAGGAGAAGACCAUUUUGCUAUGGCUUAUACCCAUCAAGAAGACAUCCCCGAGCCUCCAGGACCGCCCUACUAUGGUCAUUUCGGUGUGUCGGCGAGCGUAGUUUCAGAUCAGGACGAGUCAAUGGAGCCAAUGACUUCAUUUUACCCUAUUCCGAGUGUCCAACCGCAUUCCCUAAUGGGAACGCCUCACCAGCAGCAGCCUGAGGGCCAACAUCAACAUCUCGAGCAUCCCCCACUCGCCGCCCAUGUGCCCAUGGCUCAGCCAGCCCUCCCCCUCCCCCCGCCGCAGACGGCGGAACCUCCCCCGGAACCGCAAUGCCCCGGCGCUGACCAAGUCCCUUCACCUUAUACCUCCUCUCCAGCCUACACAAAGUCGGCUGCCAGCCCUAGAAGCUCCCGCGCCAAACCCCGCCGGGCGAAGAAGCCCAGCGAACCUAAGCCACGGGUCAGCACGAACCGAAUUGAGAAGACCACCCGGGUUGCCCGUGGCCCUACCUCCCCAUUCGAAGCGCCGAGAGAACUAAGUGACCAAAUCCAGUUCAGAAUUGGCGUUCCUGACGAAGAGAGGUAUUUACUAGAGUUGCGGAUGAAACACGAGGACAUGAAGGGUAAAACAAUGUGGGAUGCCAUCGCGGUUGCCUUUGCCAAACGCUUUGGCAAGAAGGCUGAGAAGCCAGCUCUGCAAAUGAAACUUACACGGGCAAAGCAGAAAUGGGUCGAUCUGUUGAGAGACAUAUUCUACGAGGACGAGAAGGAGAGAUACCAGCGAAUAACGACCAAAUUCAAUGAGCGAGGAGGCGGCUCUAAUCUCGGGUUUAAUGCUAGCAACAUCGAGUGUCAGCUUGUCGAAAUGGGCCUCGAAGGCCUUACUAUGGACGCGGCGACCAAAAUUCGACCUCGACGAAGAGCAAAGGACCGUGGGCGCACCGGCGCCAAGAUCAGUCUGGAUUCGCAGCAGAUGCAGUCCUAUCCCAUGAAUAAAGUUGAGCUCACAGAGGCGCAAAGAGAGAAUCUGUACAGAGAAGCCGAAAGCCGGCUAACGAUGGACGAGGCUGCUGCAGAGAUGGACAGUGAGAGCGAAGGCGACAACAACACUCUUCAGACUCCAACCAUCCCUCAACCUCCAGCGAAUGAGCUAGUCGGCAGCCAAUACUACACCCAUCACCAUUCCGGGCGGGGCUCAAUCUGA